AAGAAUGAAAUUGUCUUUUUCUAAGAAGCAAUUCCAAGACAUUGUUGUCUGAACGUGUAUACACAGUGCUGGUAAGCCCUCAUCUUUGGCAGACAAGUACCAUAUUCUUCGCCCCAUAAGAUGCACUUUUUCCCCCCCAAAAAAAUGGGGGAAAAUGUCUGUGCGUCUUAUGGAGCGAAUAUGGAGCGGCCGGCCUGGUAUUCCCGCCGCCGCCGUGUUAGAAUACCGGGCCAGCCACUGGGCUCUUCUGUGCAGAAGAAUCCUCUCACCCGUCCUACUUCCAUCGGUUGUCUUCUCUCCCUGGCGCUGGCAUCUUCAGUGUGGGGACCUGGCUGUGACAGCUUGUGGCUUCACAGCCGGGUGACCACUGCGCAUGCACGAGUAGCACUGCGCUUCCUGAAUGGCCCCGUAGCCUUGUGGGACCUGUCACGUGUCCCACAAGACUACGAAGAGGGAGGGGGCAGGACAACUCUGCGGAAGUGGGAGCGGUCUCUGGUCAUCCCCUGCACUGUGUCCGCAGUCUCUGGUCAUCUCCUGUACUAUGUCCGCAGUCUCUGGUCAUCUCCUGUACUAUGUCCGCAGUCUCUGGUCAUCUCCUGUACUAUGCCUGCAGUCUCUGGUCAUCUCCUGUAUUAUGUCCGCAGUCUCUGGUCAUCUCCUGUACUAUGUCCGUAGUCUCUGGUCAUCUCCUGUACUGUGUCCGCAGUCUCUGGUCAUCUCCUGUACUGUGUCCGCAGUCUCUGGUCAUCUCCUGUACUGUGUCCGCAGUCUCUGGUCAUCUCCUGUACUGUGUCCGCAGUCUCUGGUCAUCUCCUGUACUGUGUCCGCAGUCUCUGGUCAUCUCCUGUACUAUGUCCGCAGUCUCUGGUC